GAGCAGACUAUCCAAAUGAGACUAUUGAUUAUUGAGAGGUUUGUUGGAAUGCAGCGUUUUGGUCUUUUUAUUUAUCUUCAUUGUCUAUUGAUCUUUAAUGCGGUUUGAGGGGGGUGGUCUUAAACAAAAGCAAAAGAAGGCAAAGGGUAGCGUAUGUUAAAGCAAAAGAAGAGGUCUUUCUCAUACACAGAUCCCUAUGGAAUGCAGGAAGGAUGCCCAGCAAGCAUCGCUUGUGCUGGAACUCAUUCUUUUUGUUUAGAUGAGUGGUUAGAUACGGUCCAAUCAGUGCUGCAGCUACCAAACAAAACACCCGGGUUUCAAAAUGGAGGGAAGCACAUAGAUGUUGGUAUGAUUAGUUUAUAUCUUUCCCAAUGAUUGAGUUGCCUUGCCUCAAGAGAAACUCCCCAAGAAUCUCUAUUUAGUGGGAAAAGAAGCAACAUUGAGAGAAGAUGAAAUCCAUGGAAAAUGAUGAUGAUGAUAACAACAACAACAACAACACUAACUGGUUGGGUUUCUCUCUCUCUCCGCACAUCACCAUGGACGGUCCUCCUUCCUCUGCUGCUGCUACUGUUUCUGCAGCAGUCCCAACAAGCUUUUUCCAUUCCCCACCUCACCUUAACUAUGGUGCUUACUAUGAACCCCAAGGAGAAAAUGCUGGUUUCUAUUCCCCCUUGUCUGUCAUGCCACUCAAGUCAGAUGGUUCUCUCUGUAUAAUGGAAGCUCUCACCAGGUCACAACCACAAGCAAUGGUAACUACCUCAACCCCAAAGCUGGAGGACUUCUUUGGUGGUGCAACCAUGGGGACCCAUCACUAUGAAAGCAAUGACAGAGAAGCUAUGGCUCUCAGCUUAGACAGCAUGUUUUACAACCAUAACCCAGACCAUGAGGCCAACAGCCAAAAUUGCCUUGACCACUUCCAACAGAAUUCCCGACAGCAACAACAGUCACAGCACUAUUCAUAUUACUCUGGCUUUAGAAGCCAUGAUAUGAUGUUAGAGGAGGCCAGGGAGUCCCAGUUUGCAGAUUGCAAUCUUCAGCUUCCAACAAUGGCAGAUGAUGGCGCCAAGAACUGGGUCUCAAGGAACUAUUCAGCUAACCAUUCGGUGGAGCAGAAGAUGAUUGGUUGCAUGGGUGACAAUGGUGCAAUGACAUAUGGGGAUUUACAGUCUUUGAGCUUGUCCAUGAGCCCUGGCUCCCAAUCAAGCUGCGUUACAGCUUCUCAACGCAUCUCACCCACUGCCACUGAUUAUAUAGACAUGGAUACAAAGAAAAGAGGGCCUGAAAAGGUGGAUCAGAAGCAAAUUGUUCAUAGGAAGUCCUUGGAUACAUUUGGGCAAAGAACCUCCCAGUAUAGGGGUGUUACAAGGCAUAGAUGGACGGGUAGAUACGAAGCCCAUCUGUGGGACAACAGUUGCAAGAAAGAAGGUCAGAGCAGGAAAGGCAGGCAAGUUUAUCUGGGGGGUUAUGAUUUGGAAGAAAAAGCAGCAAGAGCUUACGAUCUUGCCGCACUCAAGUAUUGGGGACCCUCCACUCACAUCAAUUUUCCUUUGGAAAAUUAUCAAAAAGAACUUGAAGAAAUGAAGAACAUGACCAGACAGGAAUAUGUUGCCCAUCUAAGAAGGAAAAGCAGUGGAUUCUCUAGGGGGGCUUCAAUGUACAGAGGAGUGACAAGACACCAUCAACAUGGACGAUGGCAGGCUCGGAUUGGAAGGGUUGCGGGAAACAAGGAUCUUUAUCUUGGGACAUUUAGUACCCAAGAGGAAGCAGCUGAAGCGUAUGACAUAGCGGCUAUUAAGUUUCGUGGCGUAAGUGCUGUAACAAACUUUGACAUAACAAGGUACGAUGUGGAACGUAUCAUGGCAAGCAGUACCCUUCUUGCUGGAGAACUAGCUAAGAGAAAUAAGGAGACAGGAUCCACGAUUAAGGCUUUGAACAACCCUUCUACUUCUACUGAUAGUGGUAACGGGGAAGCCAUUCUCCAAAAGAAGAAUGAUGAAUGUGAAUCAGAUUGGAAAAUGGCGCUCUAUCAGUCCUCCCAGGAGCUUCAUCACAAGACACCCAAAAUGGAAAAUUACAGAACCCAAUUUUUUCCAGUGGCUUCAGACAAUAUGAUUCAGCAAGAGGUAGAAGAUUCGGUGAAGAUGGGAACUCAUUUGUCAAAUGCGUCGUCUUUGGUGACUAGCUUGAGCAGCUCAAGAGAAGGCAGCCCGGAUAAAACAAGCUUACCAGUGCCUUUUGGAUUGCCCCCGUCAGCCUCCAAGUUGUUCAGUACUAGUCCAACUGGUGCUGUCAACUCUUGGAUCCCAUCACCUCAACUGAGGUCUGCACUCUCCAUGCCUCACAUGCCAGUUUUUGCUGCUUGGACAGACACAUAACUUUGUCUUUUGAUAAAACUAGCGAAUGUUUUGCAUGAGAAACAGAGAGAGAGAGAGAGAGAGAGAGAGAGAGACAGAGGGAGGUUUAUGUGGGGUAUCUUAGUUUGAGAUAUUGGGGGGUUAAUGGAGGCCUAUCUUUUUCUUUUUCUUUUUUGCGAACAAGAUUUCUAAAAUAUUCAGUAAUUUUCGUAGUCUAUGUAAUGAAGAUCUUUAAAAAAAAAAUGGUGUUGGAGGGAAAUUAAGGUUUAUAGAGACUUUGA